AUGCCGUCCAGAACCCCUGUGUCGGUGGCGCAGUACCUGUUCGCACGCCUCAAGGAUGUUGGAAUCCGGUCCGUUCAUGGCGUGCCCGGUAUGCGACUACAAUUUGCCUCCCUCGACUACAUAUCCCAGACUGGGCUGCGGUGGAUAGUUAACUGCAACGAGCUCAAUGCUGGCUACGCGGCCGACGGAUAUGCUCGCGUCCACGGCAUCUCAGCGCUGAUGACAGUCGCCGGGGUCGGGGAGCUGUCGGUUUCGAAUGCGAUCGCGGGGGCCUACGCUGAAUACGUGCCAAUUGUUCACAUCGUAGGACAGCCAAGUCUGCGGUUGCAGAAGCAGAGGAAAUUGCUGCAUCACUCGCUCGGGGACGGCGACUUCGAGGCCAUGGCUCGCAUGUCAGAACGGGCGGCGUCCAAGAGCGUCCAGCUACGGUGUGCGGCGCAGGCGCCGGGGAUGAUCGAUGAGGCUAUUACGCACUCCUGGAGAUCCAGCAGACCCGUCUCGAUCAUCCUACCAACAGACAUGGUGCACGAGCCGGUCAUUGCCGCAAACCUGUCCCAUCCGCUGAACAUGGUCCCGACAGCGAAUAACUAUGUGACAGAGAGGCGGGCGGUUGAUGCAAUCCUCACGGCGUUUCGGACAGCCAGGCAGCCGAUUCUGUUAGUCGGAGGGUAUAAUGUGCGCUUCACGAAACGGAGGGAGGUCCAGGAGCUGGCGGAGGCGUUUGGGCUGCCGGUCUUCCUGUCCGCAUCGGGAAGAGGAAUCAUCGACGAAGAACAUCCCAUCUUCCACGGUCUAUACUUGGGCGACUGCUCCGAUCCAAACACCGCCGAAAUGGUUCGGUCGUCUGAUUUGAUCAUCUCCAUCGGCAAUAUACACUCGGAUUUGAGCGUCGCCUCCUUGUCGUGGGAGUUAGAUCCCCUGAGAAUGGUCGAGAUCAGGGAUGGGCUAGUGCAGAUCAAAGGCAAGGACUAUCACGGAUUGAGUAGCCCAGAACUUCUUCAGACUCUCGUCCACCGGGCAAGAGAUUUCACUCAGACGCAAAGGCAAAGUCAACACAUGUCGCAUACAUUAAGCUACAGGGAGGAGAGAGGUCCUCUGAACCAUGACUGGCUGUGGCUCAGUCUGAGCGACUGGCUUCAACCCGUGGACACGGUAAUCGCCGAGACAGGCACAUCGAAUCUUGGGAUCUGGUCCACCCGCCCGCGAGACGUCACCUACAUCAGUCAGUAUCUGUGGGCGAGCGUGGGUUAUUCCCUCGACGCCUGCCAAGGGGCAGCAGCGGCAGUGCAGGACUCAGGGCACCCGAAUCGACGAACCGUCCUGUUCAUCGGAGAUGGAAGCUUCCAGUUCAGUUGCCAGGAAUUGAGCACGAUCGUCAGACACAAUUUGACCCCGAUCAUAUUUGUGAUUUGCAAUAACGGAUACACCGUCGAGCGAUUGAUCCACGGACGGCACGAGUCUUAUAAUGACAUUCAGGUAUGGCAAUACCGGAAACUUCUGGAGGUGUUCGGCGCGGGUCGUGGCUCCUACCAGACAUAUCAGAUUCGCAACAAAAAGGAAUUGUCGGCGCUGCUGCAGGAUUCUUCGUUCAACGAUGACAGUACGCUCCGGUUUGUCGAAUUGCAUAUGGAUCAGAGGGAUGCACCGUCGGAUCUCCAAAUUCUCACGCAACAGUUGGUGGCUUGGGACACGCAACCGCAAAGGCAAGGGGUAUGA